AACGAAACAAAAUUGCGGAGUUUUUUUUCAAAUAUAUUUAUUGAGCACACGAAAAAAUGAAUUCAAACCAGUGCAAUAUUAAUAAUAAUAAUAAUGAUUUAAUCGUACAACAAAUAUCGUAUGAAUCUCAAUCGGCGAAUAUCGAUAAUAGUCAUAACUGUGAUUCAAAUGAUAAUAUGACAACAUCAACUACAACAUCAAUCAUGAUUCCUUGUUCGACGAUCCAAAUAGAACAACCACAAACUAAUGAAACUAAUCGACAACAAUUAUCAUCAUCAUCAUCAUCAUCAUCAUCAUCGACAACAAUAGAUCAUCAUAACUAUAAUCAUGAUUCAAAUACGAAUAAUAAUAAUGAUAAUCAAAGUUAUCGAUCUUGUAAUAGUAUAACAAGUAUAUUAAAUUUUUAUCGACGUUAUUCAAAUGAUAAAAUCUUUGAUGCAAAUACAUUUAAACAAGUUAAACGUCUUUAUUGUGGUAUGUUAUUGGUUGCAAUUGCCUAUUCAAUUACAAUGGUCAUUAUGAUGAUGGUAUUAUAUAAAUCAUUACCGGAAACAAUUUAUAAUCAUCGUUUACAAUAUCAACGAUUUAUUCAGCCAACAUUUGAUUCACAAAAAUCACAAUUCGAAAUGAUGAAUACAAAUACGAUUCCAAAUGAUAAAGAAUCAGUAUCAUCAGUAUCACCAAUAUUGGAAAAUGAAUCAUCAAAAAUAUUGGCCAAUAAUCGAUUAUGGACUAUGGAUACAUCUGGUCAAACAUUAUAUCGACAUUUUAAUCAGCAGCCAGCAAAUCGUAAUCAACAAUCAUCAUUUGUUAGUCGUACACAAUUGGAUCAAGUAAUUGCUGUAAAUUUCCUAACAGCAAUCCUUUAUAUAAUGGCAUUCUAUGCUGCACAACGUGAAUUCUAUCAUCUUACAUUAGCAUUCACAACUACAUUGGCAGUCAGUAUGAUUAUAUCAUCAGUUAAAAUCUUAUCCGAAGGUUCAAAUUUUCCUAACAAUUUGAUGGGUCUCCUAUUACGAAUGUCAAUCGUAUUGACAGCAUUAAUCUAUUCGACACAAAUACGAAGAAAACAAACUUUUAUUAAUCAAGCACAAACAUUUUGGUUAAAUCAUCCACAUGCAGCGGCAAUGCUUAAUGCAGGUGCAACAGCUAAUGAUUCAUCAUCAUUAUCAACAACACAUCGAUCUAGAUCGGCAAGAUCGACAACCGUACAGCUUAUACAAGAAAUAUUUGGUGUAUCCGCAUCAACCGGUACUUUAGUGGCAACACAUCCAUUUCAUGUUAAUGCUGAUGUUUUAUCAUCUACAAGUAAAAUGGAAAAUAUUGUCAUACAAGAAUAUCAGGAUCAACCACCCGAUUAUGAAGAUGCAUUACAUUGUCCAGUUCCAUUUGUACGAUCACUUCCAGUACAACCACCGCCUACAUUUCCAAGAUCAACAACGUCAACAAUAUCAUCAUCAUCUUCAGCAUUAUCGUUAAUUUCACCGCCAUCAUUUGAUCAAUUAAAAUCACAAACAACGUCAUUAUCAUCGUAAUAUCAAAUAGAUUUUAUUUUUGAUUAUUUUUUUUUGCAAAAAUCAUUGACCCAACAUGUUGUCGAUGUGAUAAAAGGAGAAUAGGUUGAAAUAUUAAGCAAAUAUUUUUUAAAUGACA